GAUCACCUUGCAAGCAUCAAGCUGCUAUUGCGAUUAAAUACCAUGAAAGGUCAUUUAAUUUUAUUUCUGCUCUUUCUAUGGAUGAUUAUAUAACCUAUCGCUAUAUUGCUUGUAAAUAUAAUUUAAAAGGAACUGUCACAAAAGAUUCCACAUUUUAUGCAUCAUUACAUGCACUCAUUGCAUUGGAAAAUAGCCAAAUUACUAAAAAAGCCAUACAAUAUGAAGAUCUCACUUUUAAAAACAUGAGUAAUGACAAUGAUGUGCCUAUUGCUGACAAUAGACCUAUUUG